AUGUCCACCACCAACGCCUUCUCUAUGCCGCCAACGGAGAACGCGUGGGCCGAUCAGUCGACGAGCUCCUAUGGACCCACGUGGGGUCCAUUUAAUACGCAUCAUACAAGCUAUACCAGCAACUAUGACUUUCCGGCGCUGAGAGAGGCAUUCGAGGCAACGUCCAUGUGGAAGGAUGACGCGAACUUCGACGCUUUCGAAGCCGCGCUGAACGAAUCCACCACCGCCGCCGCCGCCACCGCCACUACCACCACCACUACCACCACCGAACCGCCAGCUCCGCCGCAACCCAGCAACCAAGACGUCCUCAACGCCGCCCAAUCCUCCCUCGCCGCCGACCCCGCCGAGAUCGCCCGCGUGCGCCGCCUACUACGCUGGAUGAUGGUGACGGACUACACCGUCAUCCCCUCCUCCUCCCCACUCCGCCCCACCCGCCGCGCCGUCAACAGCAUCACCCUCCCAGCCCCCGACCGCGCGCACUUCCUCCACCUAGCCGCCCUGUCCCGCCGCGUCGAAGCCCUGCACGCGGCGCGGAAGAAGAAGAAGAAGAACCGCACCUCCUCCUCUUGCCCCUCCUGCCCCACCUCCUCCACCCCCCUCCGCAACGCCGACGCCGACGCCGACGCCGACGCCGACGCGGAAGAGCACGACGUGCUAGCGACGUACUUCUGGCAAUCCGUCCACGCGCCCUGUGCCGCGCUGAACCUGCACCCCAGCAUCCUCGUCGCGCGCUGCCUCGACCUGGCACACUUCUCGGGCGCGACGGGCCGCUACGACGGCGCGGAGCGCGGGACGCUGACGCUGUUCGGCGUGGGGGCGUGGGCGCGGCGCUUGUUCGUGGACCGCGCGCUCGUGCUGCCUGUGGUGUUCGCCAGCGAGGAUGAUGAUGAUAGGGAGAGGAAGGAGGCGUACGCGGCGGAUGGCGGCGGCGAUGCCGGGCGCGUUGAUGCAGCGGUGGUCAGGGAGGCGAUUGAGCGGCGGGCGCGGGUGUGGUUUGAGAAGGUCGAGGGGCUGGAGGGGUUGGUGGUGGAGAGGGGCCCCGAGGAGGGGAGGUGGCUGUUUACGGAUGUGUGUCGGUUUAGGUUGAAUGAGAGGGGGAGGAAGUUGGAUGCGCGGAGGAGUAGGGGUGCGUCCGGGUUUGGGAAGGGGUUGUGUGCGAGUGUGGCGGAUAGGAGGAGGGCUGUGGACGGGGCGGUGAAGUCGUUGGAGGGGAAGGAGGGGGGCAAGGGGAAGGUGCUGGAUGUCGUCGGUCGUGUGAAGGACCCACGCGUCGAUUUUGAUGCGGCGGUUUGUGUGCCGUUGUUGAGUCGGUUUAGAUAG